CACUGCCCCGUUCGGUUCAGUGUCUCUCAACUCCGCACACCAAGAAGUCUGUAAUAGAUGAUAGAUGUGCUUCAUAUUACAUUUUCCACGUGCCGGACCUUAAGGAGUCACUGAAAUGAAUUCUUGUGCACGUUGGAAAUGGACUAAAACUGCAAAAUGAACACUUGCGCGUUUUUGCUGAUUUUGACUGUUCAGAUCUACGCUGAUGGCAUCGAGGGGCCAACAGCGGCCGGCUGCACCUUUGACGAGGACUCUGACCCCAACCUGUGUGACCUCACCCAGGGGGAGGAAGAUGACUUUGAUUGGCAGCUCUUCAGGACCCACAAUGCACCUCACGCCAGCGCUGACCUCCUACGGGGAUCCUACAUGCUGGUCAACUCCUCCCAGCAUGCCGCAGGGCACCGCGCUCAGCUGCUGCUCCAGACCCUGAGCGAGAACGACACUCACUGUGUCCAGUUCAGCUACUUCCUGUACAGCCGCGACGGCCACAGUCCCGGAGCUCUGAGGGCCUACGUCCGCGUCAACGGGGGGCCCCUGGGGAGCCCUGUAUGGAACACAUCAGGGUCCCACGGCAAGCAGUGGCACCAGGUGGAGCUGGCGGUCAGCACCUUCUGGCCCAAUGAAUACCAGGUGCUCAUCGAGGCGAUGGUAUCCAGGGAUGGGCGGGGCUACAUCGCCAUCGACGACAUCAUGCUGCUCAACUAUCCCUGCUAUAAGGCACCACACUUCUCCCGGCUGGGCGAUGAGGAGAUCAACGCGGGACAGAACGCCACCUUCCAGUGUGUGGCGGCCGGCCGCGCAGCAGAAGCUGAGAAGUUCCUGCUGGAGAGGCAGAGCGGUGAGGUGGCGUCCGUGGCGUCCGUGAGGCACCUGAGUCACCGGCGUUUCGUGGCGUCCUUCCUGCUGGACGCUGUGCAGCGCUCCUACCAGGACCUCUACCGCUGCGUCACCCAGUCGCCUCGGGGCUCCGGGGUCUCCAACUACGCCGAGCUCGUCGUUAAAGUCCCCCCGUCGCCCAUCGCCCCGCCCCAGCUACUGCGGGGCGGCUCCACCUACCUGAUCAUCCAGCUCAACACCAACUCCAUCCUGGGCGACGGCCCCAUCAUCAGGAAGGAGAUAGAGUACCGCGCCAGCCAGUCGCCCUGGUCCGAGAUCCACGGGGUCAACAUGGUCACCUACAAGCUGUGGCACCUGGACCCAGACACCGAGUACCACAUCAGCGUCCUGCUGACCCGGCCCGGCGAGGGGGGCACGGGCCCCCCCGGCCCCCCCCUCAUCAGCCGGACCAAGUGUGCAGAACCCAUGCGUGCCCUGCGGGGCCUGACUGCCACGGACCUUCAGGCCAGGCAGUUGUCUCUGCAGUGGGAGAGUCUGGCGUUCAACCUGACGCGCUGUCACACCUACUCGGUGUCCCUGUGCUUCCGCUACGCGACCGCGGGCGGAGGCGGCGGUCACAACACCACCGUGCGCGAGUGCCUGGCGGUGGAGCACAACGCGUCUCGCUUCACGCUCCGCGACCUGCCGCCCUACCACGCCGUCCACGUCCGUCUGGCCCUGUCCAACCCGGAGGGGAAGAGAGAGGGCAGAGAGGUCGCCUUCCAGACCGAGGAAGACAUUCCCGGGGGCAUCGCGCCAGAGUCCCUCACCUUCUCCCCCCUCGACGACAUGAUCUUCCUCAAGUGGGAGGAGCCUGUGGAGCCCAACGGCCUCAUCACCCAAUACGAGAUCAGUUACCAGAGCAUCGAGUCUUCAGACCCGGGUAUUAACAUACCCGGUCCGAGGAGAACCGUCUCCAAACUGAGGAAUGAGACCUACCACAUGUUCUCCAACCUCCACCCUGGCACCACCUACCUGAUCUCGGUCCGCGCUCGCACCACCAAGGGCUUCGGCCAGACGGCCCUCACCGAGAUCACCACCAACAUAUCUGCCCCCACCUUUGACUACGGGGACAUGCCCUCCCCCCUCAGCGAGACAGAGAGCACCAUCACCGUCCUGCUCCGCCCGGCCCAGGGGAGAGGAGCUCCCGUCAGCACCUACCAGGUGGUGGUGGAGGAGGAGAGCGUGAAGAAGGUGAAGCGGGAGCUGAGGCUGCAGGAGUGUUUCCCGCUGCCCAUGUCGCACGCCGAGGCCCAGGCGCGGGGGACGCCCCACUACUACUCGGCGGAGCUGCCCCCCAGCAGCCUGCCGGAGGCCAGCCCCUUCACCGUGGGGGACAACCACACCUACAAUGGCUACUGGAACACGCCCCUGGACCCGCGCAAGAGCUACCUCGUCUACUUCCAGGCCAUGAGCAACUUCAGAGGGGAAACCAGAAUCAACUGCAUACGCAUUGCUCGCAAAGCUGCCUGCAAGGACCACCGGCGUGCGCUGGAGGUGACCCAGCGCUCGGAGGAGAUGGGGCUGAUCCUGGGGGUGUGUGCCGGGGGUCUGGUGGUGCUCAUUCUCCUGUUGGGCGCGGUCAUCAUCGUCAUCAAGAAGGGCAGGAAGCCGGUGAACCUGAACAAGACCCCCAUCACGUACCGCCAGGAGAAGGGCCACCUGGGCUCCAUGGAGCGCAGCUUCACCGAUCAGAGCACCCUGCAGGAGGACGAGCGCAUGGCGCUGUCCUUCAUGGACACGCACACGUGUGGGGCACGCAGUGAGGCUCGUAGUUCAGUGAACGAGUCCAGCAGUCUGCUGGGCGGCUCCCCCAGACACCAGUGCAGCAGGAAGGGGUCCCCCUACCACACGGGGCAGCUGCACCCCGCGGUGCGUGUGGCCGACCUCCUGCAGCACAUCAACCAGAUGAAGACCGCCGAGGGCUACGGCUUCAAGCAGGAGUAUGAGAGCUUCUUUGACGGCUGGGACUGCACCAAGAAGAAAGACAAAACCAAGGGCCGGCAGGACACCUUCACGGGAUAUGAUCGGCACAGAGUGAAGCUGCACCCGCUCCUAGGAGAUCCGAAUUCUGACUACAUCAACGCCAACUACAUCGACGGCUACCAUCGAUCCAACCACUUCAUCGCCACUCAGGGGCCCAAGCAGGAGAUGGCGUAUGACUUCUGGAGGAUGGUGUGGCAGGAGAACUGCUUCAGCAUCGUCAUGAUCACCAAGCUGGUGGAGGUCGGCCGGGUUAAAUGCUGUAAAUACUGGCCUGAUGACAGUGAGAUGUACGGGGACAUCAAGAUAACUCUGUUGAAGACGGAGACGCUGGCAGAAUACACUGUCCGCACCUUCGCCUUGGAGAGGAGAGGCUACUCGGCGAAGCACGAAGUCAGGCAGUUCCACUUCACGUCCUGGCCGGAGCACGGCGUCCCCUUCCACGCCACGGGCCUGCUGGCCUUCAUACGGCGGGUCAAGGCCAGCACCCCCCCGGACGCCGGCCCCGUGGUGGUGCACUGCAGCGUGGGGGCAGGUCGAACCGGCUGCUACAUCGUCCUGGACGUGAUGCUGGACAUGGCCGAGUGUGAGGGCGUGGUGGACAUCUACAACUGCGUCAAGACCCUCUGCUCUCGUCGCAUCAACAUGAUCCAAACAGAGGAGCAGUAUGUCUUCAUCCACGACGCCAUCUUGGAGGCCUGUCUGUGCGGGGAGACGGCCAUCUUGGUGAACGAGUUCGCCCUCACCUACAAAGAGAUGCUGCGGGUGGACUCACAGAGCAACUCCUCACAGCUAAGAGAAGAGUUCCAGACUCUGAACUCGGUCACCCCCCACAUCGACGUGGAGGAGUGCAGCAUCGCCCUGCUGCCGAGGAACCGUGAGAAGAACCGCAGCAUGGACGUGCUGCCGCCCGACCGCGCCCUGGCCUUCCUGGUGACCACGGAGGGAGAGAGCAACAACUACAUCAACGCCGCGCUCACAGACAGCUUCUACCGGCCCGCCGCGCUCAUCGUGACCCCCCACCCGCUGCCUGGGACCACCGCAGACUUCUGGAGGCUGGUGUUCGACUACGGCUGCACCGCCGUCGUCAUGCUCAACCAGCUCAACCAAUCAAACUCCGCCUGGCCCUGUGUUCAGUACUGGCCCGAGCCCGGCCUCCAGCAGUACGGGCCCAUGGAAGUGGAGUUCCUGUCCAUGUCGGCGGACGACGACGUCGUCACACGUCUGUUCCGGGUCAAGAACGUGACGCGGCUCCAGGAGGGUCAGCUGGUGGUGUGUCAGUUCCAGUUCCUCCGCUGGUCACCAUACCGAGACGUGCCCGACUCCAAGAAGGCCUUCCUCAACCUGCUGGCUCAAGUCCACAAGUGGCAGCGCGAGUGUGGGGAGGGACGCACCAUCGUCCACUGCCUGAACGGCGGUGGUCGCAGCGGGAGCUUCUGCGCCAGCACCAUCCUGCUGGAGAUGAUCCAGUACCAGAACAUGGUGGACGUCUUCUACGCCGUCAAGACCUUACGCAACUGCAAGCCCAACAUGGUGGAGUCUCUGGAGCAGUAUCGAUUCUGCUACGACCUUAUCCUGGAGUACCUGGACUGCUUCGAGGGGAGAUAGCAACAUGCUAACGGUAGCCAUCGUUCUCCAUCAGCCGGCCACUCCGUCGGGGCCCCCCGGGGACCGGCGACAGUAUGGAUGUUUUGGUUUGACCUUUUGGACAGGGAACGAUGUGAGGGACGACGCAGAGUGAUGGGAGGAACUGGGGGUCAAGAUUCUAACUUUUAACCUUUAAUGUACAGCCGUCAUUUCUUCUUCUUCUUCUCGUCGUCGUUGUUGUUCCCUUUUUGAUAUUUUUUGUGCUUUUAUUUUUGGGUCUAACUUUUGCCUCCGGACUCUAAAGCUCUUUUGUGCUAUGUGUUACCGUAGCAACAAUAGGAGUGUUAUGGGCUAACGCUGGACUCCCGCCUCACUGGAGAGCAGUCGUCCUGACUGUUGUUCAUGGUUUUGCUACAACAGACUGAAUAUCCAGCGUCUGGGACUAAACAUGGACAUGUUAUUGUUGUUGUUGUUCUCUUCAAGUGUUGUUCAGGCAUGACUUCUGUCACCAUACCAUUAACUGCCUUAUGCUACCCACCCCCAUACCAGGAAAGAUAAAUGUUCCCCUUUCAAUUGUCCCGACUCCUCGAACACAUCGGAAACGGCUUCAUUCAAAACGCGCAAAGUGGCAAGCAGAAGGUUUUUUACACAGCGGGCCCUCGGGCCCCGACAGUACGGAGAGAAGACGUGUGCGUUCAGCGGGAGGCGGUGUCGCUGCUGCGUUGUGGUCCAUGUGUUGGUGCUGCUGAUGCAGUCGGAGCCAACAGGGGACACACGGUACCGGGGGCACGACUCAGCCAUGGGGGAGACGGGAGAUUAUUGUGAUGGUGCCAAUCCCACAAGAACUUAGAACUUCAACUAGAACUAUAGCCUCUAUUGACAUCAUCCUCUUGCUUGUUGUUGACAACAUACACACGGUAUUUGUACUGCAUCCGCUGACAGUUUGUCUCCACGGUGGGAGUUCCCUCUGACUUUCAGGUCAUGGAUGGGGAGGUUGUUGGGGUGUGCGGGUGUAAGACACCCGCACAUUGUUUAAGGCAGAGUGUAAAAAAGAUUCAUAAUGCUGUGGUGACGUGUCUGGACCAGUACUGUGUUUCAUGUUGAAGAUGCAGUUUAAUUUUUAAAGGUGCUUAUGAUUUGACAGUGAAUUUGUUCCCCCUCUUUUCGGAGGCGUUGCCUCUUACCUUGUUUUGGCUGCAUUUGCUCGAUGUUCAAGAGAGUUUUAAUGUGUUAGUCGCUGUUGACCUUUUCAGUAGUGGAUGAAGCUCUGCAAUGUCGCAUACAUUUUUUCUGUCCAAAGUGACAUCAAAUGAGGAAAACAGAAAUAGGCUACAUGUAAAAAAGGAAACAAGUUGAAAAUGCAUUGGCCAAGAGCCUCAGCCAUUUAAUAGUUUCUUGAUGUUUUCCACCACUAUGAGUUUUCUGUGUUACAUUUGAUUUGAAAAAAAAGAUGGACCUAGAUCUGUUAUUGUUAGAACAAGAAGAGGGAAGAGUUUGGUGUUUGUGACUGUGGUGGCAAAGUGAACUUUGAGAGACAUUACAGGAAAAACAAGUCAACGAUAGAAGUGGAGCUUUAAAAGGUCUAUGACAUAAGGAUGAAAAGCAUUUAUUCUUUUAUAUAAUAAAGUUGAAUUGAAUUUCACUGUAGGGGGGGUUCCCCGGUUAUCUACUGACAUGCAGCAGUUGUAAAGGGGCGUCUCAUGGUGGUUAACUCCACUUCAAACACUAUCAACAACCCCCGCCUUGCCACCCAGAAACAAACGGAGGGGAAAACCUUAAAUCAUACCACAGGAAUGGCAGCUAGCGGCGGGUUCCAGCUCCCAAAUCUGCUUCUAGCGGGAGCGCAGGGAACAUGAAUUAGGCAGUGUGAUGUUUUCAUCAGGGUCUCACAUUUCAAAGGCUGGAGCGGUUUGUUUUCAGACAAAGGGUACGUGAUGAGGUAAGCUAGAGCAGUUGGGCCCAGUAUCUCCUUAGUGAGCUACUGGACACAAACAGGAAGUGCCUGAACACUUGUUUCUCGAGGGUGGAGGAAUGUGUAUAUAUAUAGAUAUAUAUAGAUGUAUAUUACUGUUAUGUGAAUACUAUGUGAAUAAUAUACUAUAUGUUUGCCCAGAGUAAAGACGUACAGUAAGUAAACACAAGUAACCACAAAGCUGAAUGUGUUGUCAAUGACAAUUUUGUGUGUUUAUGCAAGAAGCCCCCCCGGUAAGAAUGUUGCUUGAUAAUCCAUUUCAGUCACUAAUUCUGGGAUAAAACUAUUCAUAAUGCAUCCAUGUUGCCAUCAUUCUGCCAAUUUGUAAAAUAUUACAAACUGAACUCCCCAAAUAUUGCUAUCUUAAAACCAGAAGGAUAUCAAACAGCGCAGAAUCUGCUACUGUUUAUGCAUCCAGAUUCUGCAUAAUUUUGUAAUAAUUAUUACAGUAUACACAUCAAAAACAUGAAUACAUUCAUCACCAGUGGCGAUGGAUCUAUUGAUAUAAAGAGUUAACGUUUAUGAUGCUCAUAAAUAAUUCUAGCCUCCAUAGACUGUCUAAAGCAUGAAGAAAUUAAAAGCAUUGUCUGCCUAAUCUUCUCGUUAGUUCUCAUUUCCAUCGACUCCCCCCAACAUUUCGUAUUGUUUCAUUGUAGGGUACUGUAAUCCUCGUAACUUCUUCUUACCCAUGUGUAUUUUACCAUUGCCAAAAACAGUCCAUUCCAAAGCUUUCUCCCAGACGGCUCUAUGUGGCAGCGCCAGCUGUGAGAUCUCCAUCUUUUUUUUCAUUUGUGUGCUUCUGUAUGAUAUAGAAGCAGUGGAAUCCAGCUGCUGUGUUUUUGAACUUUGUAUUUGUGAGGCAAGGUGUGUAUUUAAACCGAGAGAGGGGGAGACGAGGGAUGUGUUGUGGCUAAGGAUGAGGGAUUGUUCUGAAGUAUUAUAAACAAUAAAAAAGCUGUGUGAAGGGGAACAGAGGAUUGUUUGACUCUUGCUGCCGUCAAUCGUUGGGGCGUUCUGAAAAAAAAAACAACGUUCUGCCCAUCUCCUAUUUUAAUCCUGCUGUUUGGCUUGCGUUGUGUUUUUCUAUACCCGUAUCAUGUUUUCUUCUGAAAUACAAACACAGCACGAGUUGGAAGACAUGGAUUCACCCGGACAGUCGGUUGU